CCAGUGCAGAGGGAUUCCACAUUAAGUCACAAUUGGCUUUGUGUUGGCCGAGUAUGUCCAUUGGUGAAAUCAGGCUCAGGGGACAGUAAGAGUUUCUUGAUAUAACAACAUAGCAACUGAACACCCAUUUGUUACUCAGCACAAUAGAACCUCGGGGAGGACUUUUCUAAUCCUAGAAGAGAGGUGUGACUUUGCCACAAUGUCCUUCUUUGAGAAAACAUCUACCGCAGAUCUGAUGGAGAAUCUCAGGGAAGAACUGACCUGUUUCAUCUGCUUGGACUAUUUCACCAACCCAGUGACCACUGAAUGUGGGCAUAACUUUUGUCUCGUGUGUCUCCUGAAGAGCUGGGAGGAACAUAACACUCCUUUAUCUUGUCCAGAGUGCUGGAGGACCUUGGAGACGCCACAUUUCCAGCCCAAUGAGCGUUUGGGGAGGCUGGCUGGCAUCGGCAAGCAACUCAGACGCCAGGUGCUGCAGAGUGAGGGCGAGCUUAGGAGAAUGCUGGCAACCGUUAAGCUGUUGUCUGAUGAUGAAAAGAGUGUGAAGGCUUUCUCAACUCAAGAUCAUGGAGGAAACAGAGUGUAUCUGUCCAGUGAGGCUGGGGAACAUCACAAAGAGAAACUCCAGGAAACCCUAAAUCUUUUGCGUAAAAAGAAAAAGGAAACUCAGGUUAUAUUAAACCAUGAAAAGGAGAGAGUGAUACUGUGUACGGAAGAGACAAAGACUUGUAAACAGGCUGUUGUGUCAGAAUACAUAAAAAUGCACCAGUUCCUAAAGGAGGAGGAGCAGAUACAGCUCCGGCUACUGGAAAAAGAGGAAAGAGAAAACUUGAAGAAACUGAGGGACAAUGAGCUUAAGUUGACCCAGCAAAUAAGAAGCCUAACCAAGCUGAUUGAACAGAUAGAGUCCACAUGUCAGAACGCAAUUGUAGAAUCCUUAGAGGAUGUGCGAGGAACCCUGGAAAGGAGUGAACCACUCUUGCUUCAGUGUCCAGAGGCCACCAUCACAAGACUGAGUCUGUGCCGCAUCACUGGAAUGAGGGAGAUGCUAAGAAAAUUUAGCACGGACAUAAGUCUGGAUCCAGCCACAGCCAACGCCUACCUGGUCUUGUCUGAGGAUCUGAGGAGUGUGAGACACGGCGGAAUCCAACAGCAGCUACCUGACAACCCAGAAAGAUUUGACCAGUCUGCAACGGUGUUGGGGGCUCAGACCUUCACCUGCGGGAGACACUACUGGGAGGUGGACGUGGGAAACAAGACUGAGUGGGAAGUAGGCAUAUGCAAGGACUCGCUGAGCAGGAAGGGGAAUCUCCCAAAGCCGCCCGGGGCCCUCUUCUCACUUAUUGGCUUAAAAAUUGGAGAUGAUUACAGUCUCUGGAUCUCAUCACCUUUAAAAGGUCAACAUGUCCGAGAGCCUGUGCACAAGGUUGGUGUUUUCUUAGACUAUGAAUCUGGACACAUAGCCUUCUACAAUGUGACAGAGGAGUCUCUCAUCUACAGCUUCCCUCCCACCUCAUUCCAAGAGGCUCUGAGGCCUAUCUUUUCCCCUUGCCUCCCAAAUGAAGGGACCAACACAGGCCCUCUCACCAUCUGCUCGCUGAACAGCCUUGCCUGAGGAAAAUGCCCCCGAGCCUUCGUUGAGGCGGAGGUCUAAGACCAAUAGAUGACUAUUAAUUAAGAUGAUGGAAUGCAUUGACAGUAUUAACAUCAGGUGAUCUGAAAGAAAACUCUCCCCAAGAGCUUCCAGUAAUUUGAGCCUGCAGUGAACAGCCAAAUCAAUCAACUUUCAACAUCAAUAGGAGAAAAAUGAUCAUAUUCAGUGUCUUUAACUAAAUCCAUUUCCUAGACUGCCCAAUAUAUGUGCUGGUCACUAAACACAGAGAGCUAGCACUAGCCCCUAUUAUUCCCAACCCCUCCAUCAUAAGUCAGUGUUAUAAAUAUAUAUGUCAUUUUUUCCUAAGUGUAUUUAUUUGACUCUCAAAAAACUCUGCUGAGUGUGUCUUUGUCCUAUGUGCAGAGUUGGGCUUGCUGGACAGUCCAAACCUUUCUGGGGGCCAAAGGCAUGGGUUUUCCUUUGCAGGGUUGGUGAGAAGGUCUCAAGAUUACCUUUCUCUGAAAAGUUGCUUUUCUUCCCUUCCCAUAGUGUUUAAAGUAUUUGUAAUCAGGAAGGGUCUUGUGUUCAGAAUGCUGCAAAUAUUUGUGUGAAUGUCAUCAUGUGAUUUGUUACUGUAAUCACAAGGAGCUGGGACCUUUAGUAGUUUCAUAUGUUUAAAGAUGACAAAACAAAGUCUCUGUUGAAUAAAUGUAU